AUGCCUUGGGUCGAUGUGGCUGAACAAAACCCCUGGCUGUCGUCUGAUGAUGAGGGGACUCCAGUACUUUGUGUUUCUUCAGGGCCAGUGCUCGUGGAUACGGCGCCCACGAUCAAGGAAGAGCAUCGUGGUGUUGUCGUCUUAGAAAUCCCCUCUUCUUCUUCUUCUUCUCCUUCCCCAUCUCUUAAAGGGGAGGACAACGAGGGUCAAGAUGAUAUUCCCGAGUUGCCCGUUACAGGCCCUUUACCAGCUCCCAUCGCCGGGCCUGACGGCCGGAGUACUUCAUCACAUCCAUCUCCGUCAAAUUCCCAUAUCAAUACACCCAAACCCACAACUCCUAUUGCUCCUUCGGUGGUGAAUGGUGGUGAAGGUUCAUACAAGGAAGAAGUUCAUCAUGGAAGUCCUUCCACUGCACACGCAGCUUUUCACAACAGUCCGGCUGCUGCUUCCGAAACCAAGAGACGCACGUCAAGCGAGAGUCUCUCACCUGCGCCAACAGAGGACGCUGAUAUUGACGACGAUGAAGAUGAUGCCGAACUCAAGGGCCCUGUCCGCGACCCACCUUGCUUCCUAUGUGUCACCAAGGUGACUUUGCGUGGUAAGGGUGACAGUGUAUGUCAUCACCCUGCUAACAUCAGACAUGGACGGUGGGCAUGCGUCGGUUGUCGCAAGUAUGGGAAACGUUGCGAGUCUUCUCCUGAUUUGGUCGUCCAAGCUUGGAAGGCUUGGAAGGCAGAGCCUAGGGCAACGGUUGCGGCUGAGAGGGCGUUGAAAGCUUUGAGAACCAUAUGCGCCGCAUGUCGCAAUCUUCGACAGCUUGUCAAAAUGGGAAUGAUACCCUCCGCUACAGUGGAAACACUCCUAUCUGGAGGCGAUCUCUACCCCGAAAUUGACGAAGGCAGUUCCCUGCCUGGAGUACCAUCGCGAG